AUGUAUAGGCGCGUAGUCAAAAAACACCUUCCCACCCCCUCAUCCGACUCUGAGUCAGAUGCGGGAUCUGACUCGUCCUCAGAAGUGGAAGAGGAUGAAGAUGGAGAUGAGCUCACUCCGGCUCUGGACGCGGCUAUCCUCCGUACCCUUCACAAGAUACGUAAUAAGCAAGGAGUUUACGAAGGUGAAGACGUCCUCGCCAAUGAGCUCAAAGAGGCGGAGCAACGGGCACGGUCUCUCAAUUUACCUUCCAACACUGAGAAACGUACCAGUGAGAAGCCGUACCUUCUAGCUGAUCAUCAUCGUGAAAGUCUCCUCCGAGGUGAAAGGGAAGAAGCACCCGAGGGUCUGACCCAUGUACAGAGUCAGGCGAAACUCAGAGCUGAGACAGUGGAUGCUUUCAAAGCUUUGGCCAAAGAUGACGAUGAAGAUGAAGAUGGGGAGGGGUUCGUCCUCCAACCACGACCAGUUGUGGAGCACGAACGAGACCAAGAUGAAUAUCGCAAGUUCUUAUUGGAGAUGGGAGGGGGUGAGGAAGAAGUCAGAAAACUUUUGGGGAUGGGUGAUCAACCUCUUGCUCUUGCGUUACAGGAGGAUGAGAAUGGAGAGGAGAGACAGGAGACAAAGGUUUCUGAUCUGAAAUCAUCGAGGAACAAACGCAAAAAUGUAAAGGUAAAACAAGACGAGGAUUUUUUGAUGAACUAUAUAUUGAACAGAGGUUGGGUCGAAAAGCCCGAUAACCAUAUUCCCACCUUUGAUGAGAUCACCGGUGAAAAAAAGCCUGUCGACCAAUCAAACCCAGACUCCGCUGGACCUAGUCAUCCCUGGGGCGCCCUGGAAGAAGAAGACGAGUUUGACGAACGUGCAGAAGCAUUCGAAACGGAGUAUAAUUUCCGAUUCGAAGAACCUGGAGCAUCAAAUAUCAUCAGCCAUCCUCGAAACAUACCCUCACUAGUGAGAAGACCGGACGAUACGAGAAAACGAAAACGAGCAGAGAAGAAAGCGAGAGAAGCAGAGAAGAAAGCUGCUGAAGAAGAGGAGAUUCGUAGACUCAAAGGAUCUAGGAGGAGGGAAAUUGAGAGUGAGAUGGAGCGUUUGAAACGGGAUCUGGGAGAAGGUAUGGAUUGGGCAGAAGUGGAAAGAUUGAUGGAAGGAGAUUUUGAUGAGAGUCAAUGGGAGAAUGUCAUCGGUCGAAUGUUAGAGCAACAAGGAGAGGGAGAGGACGAUUCAAAGCCCGUUUGGGAUGAUAUGGAUGAUGAAGAAUACGAUGAUCCAAUGGAAAGCACCGAGGAGAAUCAAGACGUCGAUGCGGACGCCAAGUACAUCGACCCUACGUUUGAGAAGAAGCGCUCUAAGAAGGAUAGAAACGCCGAGGAUGAUGAUGGUGAUGUUCCUAUCGAGGCAAGAGCUGAGAAAGUGAAAAAGGCUCUGAAAGCGUACCGAGAGCUUGAUCACGAGGAUAAGAUCGGUGAAAUGCCCACUCGAUUCAAAUACACCAAGACUGCUCCCGCGACCUAUGGUCUCACACAAGCUGAAAUUCUUCUCGCUACCGAUGCCGAGCUCAACUCCAUCAUGUCGCUCAAGAAACUCGCCACGUAUCGUAAAGGAGGCUAUGGGCUCGAAGGUCAAAAUCUCGGUCGACGUGUUCGUGAGCUGAAAGAGAUUCUGGCCAAAAGGGCGGCUGGAGAGGAAGAACCACCGUCUACCGCAUCCAAGCCCAGAGGACAUAAUCAGGAUAGACAGCGCGAGCAAGAUUCUGGAUGGUCACAGAGACUUCAGCGACCUACAGAAGGUGGUGUGGAAGAUAAGGGUAAACGGCCUGGAAAGAGAAUGGGGAGGAAUGAGAGGAUGAAAAAGGCCGCUGCAGCUCUUGCGGAAGGUAGUACAGUGGGGGAAACUCAACAGCACGGAGUCCAGGUGGAAGAGAAGAGCAAUGAGGGUGAAGGCGAGCAAAGAGAGACGAAGAAACGAAGGAAGAAUAAAAAGAAGGGGAAGCUUACGGGGCAAAGAUGA